UGGUGGCCGACGUGCUCUGCGAAUUCCUGGAGGUGGCGGUGCACCUGAUCCUCUACGUGCGCGAGGUCUACCCGGUGGGCAUCUUCCAGAAGCGUAAGAAGUACAACGUGCCUGUCCAGAUGUCCUGCCACCCGGAGCUGAACCAGUAUAUCCAGGACACGCUGCACUGUGUUAAGCCGCUCCUGGAGAAGAAUGACGUGGAGAAGGUGGUGGUGGUAAUUUUGGACAAAGAGCACCGCCCAGUGGAGAAAUUCGUCUUUGAAAUCACCCAGCCUCCGCUGCUGUCCAUCAGCUCAGACUCGCUGCUGUCUCAUGUGGAGCAGCUGCUCCGAGCUUUCAUCCUGAAGAUCAGUGUGUGUGAUGCUGUCCUGGACCACAACCCCCCAGGUUGUACCUUCACAGUUUUGGUGCACACGAGGGAAGCUGCCACUCGCAACAUGGAGAAGAUCCAGGUCAUCAAGGACUUCCCCUGGAUCCUGGCAGACGAGCAGGAUGUCCACAUGCAUGACCCCCGGCUCAUACCCCUCAAAACCAUGACGUCGGACAUUCUAAAGAUGCAGCUCUACGUGGAAGAACGAGCUCAUAAAAGCAGCUGAGUGUGUGUCUGCCCCCAUGGAUGCCACAACUGUCAGACUUUGGGGGUCCUCAGCCUCGGGCAGCGCUGCAGGGCCACCCUGAUUCCAAGUGCUCUUAUUGCCUCUGUGUACGGACUGCUCACCCUCCAGCCCGGGGCUCCUCAGGUCUGGUUGCCUUCGUGGAGGAAUUCCCCCCCAGGAGGGCAGGAAGGGUGCUGGGACCUCAAUUUCUCAGCCUCCCGGGGUUCAGCUGGUCGACACUGUCUCCAAUACUGUGCUGUGAGUUGUUUCAAUAAAGGGCCCCAAGGGCUGAUCUGGGCUCUCA